AUGUCCCUGGACAUGUCCUUCGAAGACCAUCAUUAUGUGGUCCUAUUGGCAGUCUCUGCUUCAUGUGCUUCCCUUCACCUUGCCAGCGACGUCUUCAACAUCAUGCAAGACCAGACAUCGCUAAACGGAGAUUUGCAGACACUUUGCGUGGCCUCUCUGCGCCUGGUGGCGUUUGUGGCCAGCAUAAUCCUCCUUGAACAGACUCACAAUGGGCCUUGGAUCGACUUCUGUAUCCUUGCUUCUAUACUCCUCCUGCUGGUCGGUGAGUCGUUGACCCGAGCGAAGGUUACGCCAAAGACCUCUAUUUUGAAGCACAUUUCCGUGGUGGUGAACACUGUUGCAAUCGGUGUAAGAUUCUUUAGUGCCGCAGCCGGGUGA